GAUUCAGAAUGGAGGGUGGACAAUCCACAGAACUAGGUACCGUACACACCGCUAGUAAUGGUGCUCCAAUUGGAGACAACCAAAACAGUAUGACUGCUGGACCAAGAGGACCAACCUUGCUCCAAGAUUUCACUUUGAUCGACAAAUUGGCUGCAUUUGACAGAGAGGAAAUCCCAGAAAGAAUUGUCCAUGCAAAGGGUGCUGCUGCACAUGGUGUCUUCGAAGUUACUAACGACCUUACUAAGUACACCAAAGCCUCUUUCCUGAACACUAUUGGAAAGAAAACUCCUGUUUUCCUGAGAUUCUCCACUGUCGGAGGAGAAAGAGGUAGUGCUGAUACUGAAAGAGAUCCAAGAGGAUUUGCUAUCAAAUUCUACACUGAAGAAGGAAAUUACGACAUGGUUGGAAACAACACUCCAGUCUUCUUCAUCAGAGAUGCUAUCAAAUUCCCAGAAUUCAUCCAUACUCAAAAGAGAUGCCCAGUCUCUGGACUUAAAGAUGCCAAUAUGGCCUGGGACUUCUGGACAAAGCACACCGAAUCACUCCAUCAGGUCAUGGUCUUGUUCUCUAACAGAGGAACUCCAGAUGGUUACAGAAGAAUGAAUGGAUACUCUUCUCAUGCCUUCAAGUGGGUUAACGAAGAUGGGGAAGCCUUCUACGUUCAAUACCACUUCAAGACUGACCAAGGAGUCAAAAACUUCACUGCAGAAGAAGCACACAAAAUGAAGUCUGAUAACCCAGAUUAUGCCACCCAAGAUCUCUUCGAACAUAUUGACAAGGGAGAUUUCCCAAGCUGGACUUUCAAGGUUCAAAUCAUGCCAGAAGCUGAUGCUGAGAAAUACAAGUGGAACGUACUCGAUAUCACCAAAGUUUGGCCUCAUGAAGACUACCCACUUAUUGAGGUUGGUAAAUUAACCUUGAACAGAAACCCAAAGAAUUAUUUCGCUGAGACUGAGCAAUCUGCCUUCUCUCCAAGUCACCUCGUUCCAGGUAUUGAGCCUACCAACGAUAAGAUGCUCCAAGGGAGACUUUUCUCUUAUCCAGAUACCCACAGACAUAGACUCGGACCAAACUACCAUACCAUCCCAAUCAACUGCCCAUACAGAGUUCAGACCAGAGAUUACUUCUUGGCUGGAAUCCAUGCUGACGAGCAUGAGGGUACUGCAAAGAUCCCAUACCAAGGAAAAUUCAACGAUGCUCCCAAGGAAUGCCCAGAACACGAGACCAAGAAGUUCGCAGUUGAAGGAGAAGCAGGAAGAUACGACCAAUCCGAGCAUCCUAACUCAGACUUCGAGCAACCAGCUGCUCUCUUCAAUAAGGUAAUGGAUGAAUUUGAACAAGAGUCUCUUGUUCAAAACCUCGCAGGACAUAUUGGAUCAUGCAGAGAGGAAAUCCAGAUCGCCGCUCUUGAAGCUUGGGCCCUUGUUGAUGAUAAACUCUCCGAGAGAAUCAAGGCUGCAAUCAAGUAAACGUAUCAUUCUGAGAUUUAAUGUAAU